AUGUCUGCUCCGCCCUCGCCACAUAGUGGUCAACUGGGUCAUGACAAGGGACGCACGAAGAAGAAAGACAGACCACCAACCCUAGUAUUCGGCGACCCUAAAGCUGCAUCUGACGGGGAUGUACAAUACGAGCGCGAUGUUCGUAGAGAUGUACGACAGCCUGUUGGCCGCGUACGAACAGCCGAGGAGCCUAUUACGCUAAUGGAUGCCGAAGCUCCGCGUUCUGCCUCUGCUACAUCUUCGCUUGAUCCCUACUACUUCAGCGUACAGAGCCCAUCUUCAUCGCCUCUACCUGCUCUUCCGAGCACGCAUUCCCUGCCCAAGACUCCCGAAAUGCGUUCUGUGAACGAACCUGUCACGCCAGGCAAGGAUCCUGCUGCCAUUGACAGACGAGGAUUGGUUGGGGUGGGUGAGCUUGCUACCCCACGCUGGGCGCGGGGGUCACGCAACGAUGACAUUGAGACUGAGGAGCCAGUGGGCGAGGUGAACGAAGAUGAUAUUAGUGAUGAUGUACGGUUCGGCGUGGAGGAGGCCGAGAAAGAUAUGCCAGAUAGCCCGUGGACUAUCGAGGCUGUGGACGGCGAUCCAGAUGACAAGGACCAGUUUCUCGAGGUGAAGGCUGUUGCGCGCCCGUUGCGCUCGCAGCGCUCUGUGGCAGACGAGAGCGGUGGCGAAGAAAUUCUGUAUCCUCGCCAUCGUCAUCCGAUAGAUCAAAAUAUUCCCGAUCAUCCACCGGCCACUCAGCUAAUUGACAUCUCUACUCCGGAACUUACCAUUGCUUCCGAUUCAGUUGUCCAAACGGGCAGUGGGGUAUCGCCACCCAGCGCCUUCGCCUCUCUUCCACACCGUCCACGGAAACGGACAUCGGAUGAAUUUGAGAUGGACUACGCUGGAGUAUUGGUGUCGAAGCAUGCCUCCAUCGUAGUACCAGCGAAUGGCAAAGAAAAAGAUAAAGCUUCCGUGCGUAGGCACAGGAGUCUUGGAGUCGGGUCGCCCUCGGCGGGUUCCUCGAGGGAGAAGGCCAAGGAUCGUCGGACAAAUACGCUGUCCGUCAGCGUCAAGCAUUCCAGACAAGCUUCAGCGAGCUCUUCCUCUUCAAGCCACGGGGAGACACAUCCUCGUCGUGCUCCUUCAGAUUUCUCGCAUCUUCCCCCAUCUCCGUCGUCAUCUUCCAUCAAACAAUUCCUGAGACAUGGGACAUCAAAUAGUAACGCCACUUCUCCUCUACAAGGUGCUUCGAGAGAGAAGGAAAUUUCAUCGCAGCUUCCAGCGAAUGUUGUCGCGCACUCACUCUUGCGUGGUACUCAAGAAGGAUGGUCUGAUUUAGACGACCAGACAACAGCUGCGGCUUUGAGGAAGCUGGACGGUCUGUCCUCUCGGAGUACUCGUACUAGGUCGAGUAUUGGUCCGCACAGCCGAUUGGGCAGCUUGAGUCGGCCCAGUAGUCGGCCCAGUACUCCGGGAACCGGCUCAUCCCAAUGGGAGGGUAUUGAAGGUGGCCGCAAUAACAGACGUACCAGUACUCAUGCUGUCCUCUCCACUAAAGACCUUGAGAAGGUCAAGGAGCCGUCAUAUCAUCGGCAGGCAGUUGGUUCUAACUUCGAAACCACUGCGACGUCCGCAGAUGGCGAGCGCCACGGUACUCCAGUAACCUCAGGUGACGAUCGCAGCGCCUCUCCCUUGCUAGACAAGCCACUAAAGAAGUCUGAUUCAAUCAAUGCUCGCUCAAAUUUCACACCCAAGCGCGGUUCUGCUUCAUCUGGGACUUUCACAAGUACUCCUACUACCAGCUCUCGUGAUUCUGCGACUUUGUCUAUCAGUACUAGCGCCACAUCUGUGUCGGCGACGUCUGGCCGGCAGUCGGCGAACAAAGCCAGAAGGAACAGUGCCAGUAGUGAUAUAUCAAGUAGUCAUACGGGCGAUGCAACGUCUAUACGAGACCGGGCUGCCGCAUUGGCUACUCAUUCGGACACUCAUGAAGAAAACCCGGUACCUCCUGUACCGCCACUGCCCAAAGACAUCUCCCAGUACAAGCCCCAGCGACAAUCGUCAAAUGGUCCGGUACCAGAAACCCCUGGCGUUGCAAAGUCCAAGCGAGAAACAAUCAGUGAUAUCAGCUUCCAAGCUGCCCUGGAUGUUCCUUCGUUCCCUAACACGCCUUCGAAGCAUGCUUCGCUGCAAGUACACAAGUCUACUACGCCUACUAACUUGCACAAGACGCCAUCAAAGAAAUGGAGCUUUACUAACGCUUUGGGGAAGAAGCUCUCAAAUUCGCCGUCGACUUCUUCGAUGAAGGACGCUACAGCUACGAGGUCAUCCGGGUUUCCCAUCAGUCCGCGCUCUUUGACAUUUGGUGCGCAACUUAGGAAGUCAGUCUCUAGGGAAAAUCCGCUCUCCUCGGCUUCCAAGACUUCUACGGAAGACUGGUCACAAAUAAACGGCUCUGCGACUUCACUCGCAUCUGUGUCAUCGGUUGGUUCUGUGUCGGGGUCUAUACGGGAUCCUUUAUCUCCUGCUAUCUCUGGUGCAUCUCUGCAUCCAUCUGUGCUGUCGUCGCGGACACCAGAUCGCUUAGCACCGAGUCGUUCUGAGACCGCUUCGAGUGCGAGUACCAACGUCCCCAUCGUCCCACAAGCACCUCUGAGCCCAACCUCUUCCAUUCAUCGGCACCCAUCCUCUAAGCGGCUUACUCCUUCUUCUAUCCCAUUUUUCCGUCGUUCGUCGUCACAAUCUAUGCAGUUACCUCCUUCUCAUACGAUGCCUCCGCCUCCCUCACCUACGUCGGCCGGAACGCACAGUUUCUCAACUCACCUGCGCGCACCAAGUAGCCAUUCUCCCAUAAAGGAUACUAGCCUCUCUUCACCUUCUGCAGCUGGUUCUGCUCAUAAGAAGUCGUCUGUGCUAAGUCUCGGCUUGCCGUCACUACUGAAGGGUUCAAGUUCUCGGCGUAGCUUACACUCAGAUAAGGAGAAGAGCGAUGCGAAGAGCGGCAAGGAGAGCCAUUCGGCGAAGGAAUCGGAUAAGGAAAAACAAAGAAAGGAUGACAAGGAACGAAGUGAAAGUAGAAUCUCUGUUCUGAUGGGUCGAAAACGUGGAAAGACAUUGUCAUCUGCGCAGCCAAAGAAGAUAGAACCAGUGCCUUUGCCACCGAUGCAGAUUUCCGCUCUACCCGCUGCGACCGCGCAAAGAGUUGCCAGUCUCAAGUCCACUUCAUCUUCAUCGCUGUCGUCUAAUCAGCAGGUGCAAUCGACGAAGCCAGUCUCCUCUCGGGCAACAUCCCAGACUGUCAGCUCAAUGCAGAAACAAUCUGAUACAUCAUUGCGAAGUCGGAAUCAAUUACCUACGAUUGCUGGUUCGCCAUCGGUGGGUAGUGUAACUUCACAUGUUGCAAGAGAAGCCAAGGAAGCCCCACCCUCUUCAUCCUUGAACCCGACUGUAAGUCUAUCCAAAGAGACACCUACUAAGAUUCCUCGAAUCUCGAGCCGAUCUUCAACGGCGAAUUCCCCGACACUGAAGGCCAAUGGAGCUGGUCGGAGAGCGAGCUUAUUAGUUGGUGGCUCCGCGCUUACGCCCUCGCGUGGGGCUUCACCGACUGCGGGAAAUGAGUUCAUGAAUGAAUUCGGUGUGCUUGAGAAUGGACAUGCCCCAUCUUCGAAACCUACUGCAUCGAGCCAACGUCAUUCCAUUCGGGCGUCUCCGUCGACGACGUCGCGUGUUCCUCGCCAGGUUUCCGCGUCCACGUCCACCACUGCUAACAGUGCCGCCCCGCGCAAAAAUCGUGAAUCGAUGUCAUUCGCUGGCCUUCGCAAGUCAUCAACAGGAUCGGUGGCGUCCAUAUCAUCUGUUGCACAACAGAAUGAGCCUCAGUCGUCACAUCGCUUCUCCGCGCUCUCGCCUUCGAAGGGUUUGAAGUUGCUCAGCCCAAAGAUGUCUCUUCCAACAUCUAGGUCCUCCAAUUCCUCAUCCACACAUAGUAUCCAGCAGGCCAUGGCUUCUCCAUCCACAAGUCGACAGUCAUUGUCGACUCCGUCGCCCGCGCCAAGCUCAAUUGAUGAGGAGGAACUACUUGGCGAUGAAGAGAUGUUGCAGUACAUUAGACGUCAACAGGCAAAGAAGCUCGCAGCCGGGGCAACACAGGAGGAGCUUGAUGGGUUAUUGCGAUUCCCAGAACCUAUCGCUCCUACACCAGCGACAACACCUGCUGCCCUCCUUAAGAGUGCACAGGUCCAAUACUUGUCCAAUUAUGAGUGCAAGGAGAUUCUCGAUUUCCCCUCUGUCUACUGCAUCGGUGCCAAUAGCGACAAGAAGCGGGCGACUUGGGAGAACUCAACCAAUAAUCAUGGAUAUGACGAUGAACGAGGAGACUAUCUUGUAGUGAAUCACGACCAUUUGGCAUACCGGUACGAAAUCUUCGAUACGUUGGGCAAGGGCUCUUUCGGUCAAGUCUUGAACUGUCGUGACCACUGUACGGGUGAAUCCGUGGCCAUCAAGAUCAUCCGAAACAAGAAGCGAUUUCAUCAUCAGGCUUUGGUUGAAAUUAAAAUACUUGACAGCCUGCGGAAAUGGGACCAAGAUGAGAAACAUCACGUCAUCAAAAUGACGGAGCAUUUCUACUUCCGUGGCCACCUUUGCAUUGCGAUGGAGUUAUUGAGCAUCAACUUGUAUGAGCUAAUCAAGGCUAAUGGUUUUGUUGGCUUUACAACUGCAUUGAUACGGCGCUUCACAAGCCAGAUGCUACAGUCCUUGUCUCUCAUGAGGCACCACCGUAUCGUUCAUUGUGACUUGAAGCCUGAGAAUGUCCUCCUUCGACAUCCAGCGAAGAGUGCGAUCAAAGUGAUCGAUUUUGGCAGUAGCUGUUUCGAGCAUGAGAAAAUCUACACAUACAUUCAAAGCCGUUUCUAUCGAUCACCUGAAGUCAUCCUGGGCAUGAACUACCACAUGGCAAUUGAUAUGUGGAGUUUGGGCUGUAUCUUGGCUGAGUUGUAUACUGGUUUUCCUAUCUUCCCUGGCGAGAACGAGCAGGAGCAGCUUUCGUGUAUCAUGGAGAUUUUGGGCGUGCCAGACAAAGACUUUGUCAAUCGAAGCUCGCGGAAGAGGCUGUUCUUCGACACCACAGGUGCCCCCAGGCCGGUUGUAAAUUCCAAAGGCCGGAGACGACGCCCGGGCACGAAAAGCCUCGCCCAAGUCCUUCGAUGUGACGACGAGCAAUUUGUAGAUUUCAUCGCUAAGUGUCUGGUCUGGGAUCCUGAGCGACGGAUAAAACCACAAGCCGCGCUAAGACAUCCCUUCGUUACCGCAGGCCGACGUGCAAAGAUCACCAGUCCGACCCCGGGCACUGCAAAAGCGUUGUUGUCUUCUACAGCUGGCUUCAGCAAUCGGAGCAGUAAACAUGUUACUGAGACGCCAAAGAAGUCUAUGAUCAGUGCACCUACUCCCCUUACUGCUCGUUCUACUCGGACGAAUGGGGCCGUCCCUAGCACACCUAGUACGUCGUCUACAGUGCACUCGAAUCUGGGCUCGUCGAGAACAUAUCGGACGUCUCAAGCACAGUCAAUGUCAUCGUACCAUUCAAGUCGAACAAUGGUCAGCCGAUCCUAA